AUGUCGCCCCCUCAAGACAUUGCAGGCAGCCUCGCGCGCACCGUUUCGAACUCCCUUUCUCUAAGUACCAGCCCAACUCUCGCAUUCCAUAGCCCGCCCACGAGCUUCCGUGCCCCUCCUCCCGGCAGUUACAACGAUGGCCGCUCCGGAAGUGUGGCCGCACCGUUCUUGCCUUCGAAGCAAUUGAAGCCAUUCGACACAAAGGAUAUCAAAGUACUAUUGUUGGAAAAUGUCAACCAGGCUGGCGUGGAAAUCCUCAAGGAGCAGGGCUACCAGGUCGAGGCUUUGAAGAGCAGUCUUCCCGAGGAUCAGUUGAUCGAGAAGAUCCGCGAUGUCCAGGUCAUUGGAAUCCGAUCGAAGACGAAGCUUACCGAGAGAAUCCUCAAGGAGGCUAAGAACUUGAUUGUUAUUGGAUGCUUCUGUAUCGGCACCAACCAGGUGGACCUCCAAUUUGCUGCCUCGCAGGGUAUUGCCGUCUUCAACUCCCCCUUCAGCAACUCGAGAUCGGUCGCCGAGCUCGUCAUUUCUGAGAUCAUCGCUCUUGCGCGCCAGCUGACGGACCGAUCCAUGGAACUCCACAAUGGAACCUGGAAUAAGGUCAGCAAGGGCUGCUGGGAGAUUCGUGGAAAGACCUUGGGCAUAGUCGGCUACGGACACAUUGGUAGCCAAUUGUCCGUUCUGGCAGAGGCCAUGGGUAUGUCGGUGAUCUACUACGAUGUGUUGACCAUGAUGGGCUUGGGAACGGCGAGACAGGUGACCAGCUUGAGCGAUCUGCUCGAACAGGCAGACUUCGUAUCUCUCCACGUUCCGGAAACCGGGGAUACCAAGAACCUUAUCGGAAAGACUGAGUUGGAGACGAUGAAGCAAGGAUCAUACUUGCUCAACAAUGCCCGUGGCACUGUCGUUGACAUUCCAGCGCUCAUCGAGGCCAUGCGCAGCGGCCACAUCGCCGGUGCUGCGCUCGACGUGUACCCCAACGAGCCCGGAGGCAACGGUGACUACUUCACCAACGAUCUCAACACCUGGACCAAAGACCUCCGUAGCUUGAAGAACUUGAUCCUUACGCCUCACAUUGGUGGCAGCACCGAGGAAGCACAGAGCGCAAUCGGAGCAGAGGUCAGCACUGCGCUCGUCCGCUACGUCAACGAGGGUAUCACCCUGGGGGCCGUCAACUUGCCAGAGGUCAACCUCCGCUCUUUGACAUUGGAUGAGCCGAACUCGGUCCGUGUGAUUUACAUUCACAAGAACGUCCCCGGUGUGCUUGGUCAAGUGAAUAGGGUCCUGGUCAACCACAACAUCGAGAAGCAGAUGUCUGAUUCAAGAGGCGAUGUUGCCUACCUCAUGGCUGAUAUCAGCGACGUCAAGGAGGCAGAACUCAAGGAUCUCUACGAGUCCCUCGAAGCACUUGCUCCUCGCAUCCGUACACGUGUGCUGUACUAG